AUGUCGAAAGUUGCAAACCGCCCCGACUGGGCAGAUGACGAGGACCUCGAUGACUCCGUUGACGCGCUCCCCCCCCAAACUACGACUACCAACAAAGAUGGCACCAAGACGAUCGUAUUAUGGAGUUUCAACGAGGACGGAAAGAAGGUUAAGACUACCCGUCGGAUACGCUUUACCACACACAAAGAGGUUGUGAAUCCCCGGGUUGCAGAGCGUAAGACCUGGGAUAAGUUUGGUCUGUCUGCUAAGGACGGAAAGGGACCUGCUGCUGACACCACAACCGUUGGCGAAAACAUCAUAUUCAGACCCAGCACGAACUGGCGAAAGGAUGCCAAGGAGGAAAAGCCCGAAGUUGGAAGCAUCAAGGACCAACUGAAGAACAAGACAGUCAAGUGCCGUAUCUGUAGCGGAGAGCAUUUCACGUCAAGAUGUCCCUUCAAGGAUACCAUGGCACCAGUAGGAGAGGAGGGCGCAGCAGAUGUGGCUGGCGGAGCAGCAGAUGGCCCUGAACAACCUGGAGGCCUCGGAGCAGGAAAGAGUUCAUACGUACCACCACAUAUGCGUGGCGCUGCUGCUGGCGCUGGCGACCGAAUGGGAGGUGGCAAAUAUGAGAGAGAUGAUUUGGCAACGCUGCGUGUUACAAAUGUUUCGGAGAUGGCAGAAGAACAGGAAUUGCGGGAUAUGUUCGAACGCUUUGGCCGUGUCACAAGAGUCUUCCUUGCGAAGGAUAGAGAGACUGGUAUGGCGAAGGGCUUUGCGUUCAUCAGUUUCGCGGAGAGGACAGAUGCUGCGAAGGCGUGCGAGAAAAUGGAUGGUUAUGGAUUCAAGCAUCUGAUUUUGAGAGUCGAAUUUGCGAAGAAGGCUGCUUGA